GGAGCAGAGGGAAAGGGGGGAAAAGAAAGAGUGGUUUUAGUGUGUGAUGAGACGAGUAUUGGCGGUAAAUUGGUGGAGGAGGUGGUUGAAAUUGUUCCAAUAUUAAUAAACACACAUUCUACGGACACGGUGGUUGCUUCUUGGAAAAAAAAAAGAGAAAAUGAAGGGCGGGGGUGGUUGGGGUGGUGGUGGCGGUGGAUUGGGAUUAGGGUUGAAAAGUCAAAGGCGAUGGAGAGGGCUUGUUAUUGGAGUGCUGGGACUCGUUAUCCUCUCCAUGCUGGUUCCUCUUGCCUUUUUGCUAGGCCUUCACAAUGGCUUUCGCCCUGCGCCUCCGGGAUAUUUGCCUGAACAACAAACUUCAGCUUCAAAUGGUUUUGGAGAAUUGGACCACGACCAUGUCAGAAACACUUGGAACGAGUCUGAGGUAAUGCAUCUUAGUCACACCAUUAGGCCAUAUUUGCAGAUUUCAUUUGGAUGCUGUACAAUUUCAUUCCUAAAAACUUGUUCAUGGGGGAUCAAUCUAGCCAUGUACGUGAACUUAUUAGAAAAUUGGGACCUACUCUUCCAAAGGUUCAUGCAUAAUGCUCUGAUGGAUGUUCUUAGAGACUUUACCAAUGAAGCAAAGAAUAAAACCAUUGGUAGGGGUUCCGUGAACGAUAGUCAGCCAAAAGAAGUGCCUCCGCGUGGCUCUCUGCAAUCACCUCCCAGUGCAAAUAAUACUAAAGUUGGUGCUGUAAUUGAAGUCCCCUUAUAUACAAAAGAUGUACAUGAUGUUGGAAAAUUAUGUGAGUUUAAAUUUGGUAGUUAUUGCCUUUGGCGUAAAGAACACAGAGAAGAUAUGAAGGAUUCUAUGGUGAAAAAAUUGAAGGACCAAUUAUUUGUAGCUAGAGCAUACUAUCCUAGUAUUGCAAAACUUCCAAGACAGGACAAGUUGUCUCGUGAAUUGAAGCAAAAUAUUCAAGAACUAGAGCGUGUUCUUAGUGAAAGUUCUACAGAUGGUGAUCUUCCACCACAGAUUGCUAAGAAGUUACAGAUGAUGGAAGCUGCAAUAGCCAAAGCCAAAUCAUUUAUUGUGGACUGCAACAACGUUGACAAGAAAUUGAGACAAAUAUAUGAUAUGACUGAGGAUGAAGCUAACUUCCACAUGAAACAAAGUGCCUUCCUCUACCAACUUGCAGUCCAGACUAUGCCAAAGAGUCUUCACUGCCUGUCAAUGAGAUUGACAGUAGAAUAUUUUGGAUCACCUUUAAAUGACACGGAACUCUCUUUGGCUCAAAAAUAUUUAGAUCCUACGUUGCACCACUAUGUCAUAUUCUCCAAUAACGUUCUUGCUUCAUCAGUAGUAAUCAACUCAACUGUUAUGCAUGCAAAAGAAAGCAGGAACCAGGUUUUUCAUGUGCUUACAGAUGGGCAGAAUUACUUUGCAAUGAAAUUAUGGUUUCUGAGAAAUACUUACAAGGAAGCCACAGUUCAAGUGUUAAACAUUGAACAUCUUAAGCUGGAAAGCCAUAUCAAGGCAACUCCAUUGUAUCUUUCCCUGCCUGAGGAAUUUCGUGUUUCCUUCCUCAAUGUUGAUAGUCCACCAAUGGCUCCUAUUAGAACAGAAUACAUAUCUAUUUUUUCUCACUCACACUAUCUUCUCCCUGAAAUAUUCCAGAAUUUGAAGAAAGUUGUGGUUCUGGAUGAUGAUGUUAUUGUGCAGCAAGACUUGUCAGCACUAUGGAGCCUCAACAUGGAAGGGAAAGUUAAUGGCGCUGUGCAGUUCUGCUCAUUGAAGUUGGGUCAACUCAAGAAAUAUUUGGGUGAAAACAGUUAUGAUAAAAAAUCUUGUGCUUGGAUGUCUGGAUUGAAUGUAAUUGAUCUGGACAGGUGGAGAGAGCUAGAUCUUACUGAAACUUACCGAAAGUUGAUGCAUGAGCUGACCAUGCAUGAGGGAUCCAGUGAAGCUGUUGCAUUGCAUGCAAGCUUGCUAAGCUUUCAGGACCUAAUUUAUGCCCUUGAUGGUACUUGGUUACUGUCUGGGCUAGGACAUGACUAUGGCAUUGAUAUCCAAGCAAUUUCAAAAGCUGCAGUUUUGCACUAUAAUGGUAACAUGAAGCCUUGGCUCGAGCUGGGAAUUCCAAAAUAUAGAGGUUACUGGAAGAAGUAUUUGAAUCGAGGAGAUCAGUUCUUGAGUCAGUGCAAUGUAAAUUCAUAAUGUGCUGAUGGUGGGAAUUCAAUCCUUGAGAUUCCUCCUAAUAUAGUGAUCAAGAAGUGGGGAUGUCCAUUUUUGGGGUGCUGAGAAAUUUUCUUUCAGCUAGUUGUUCCAGAGAGUAUUGAGUUGAAUGGAAGAGAGGGCCAUACAAAGGCAUUGUUCAAUUUUUUUGGUAAAUAAGAGCACUUGAAUAUUUAUACUUUUUCCCUGGCAA